ACAUCAGCUCAUGUCAAAGUAUAGUGAAUUUCACGAUAAUAUGCUUAUGUAAUUAUAGAUCGAUUUGGUGCGAGGUGCAUUCUAUUUGAUGCUGAAUGUAUCAGCACCACAUGAUUUCCAUUUCUGUGAGCAGAUAAUCAGUUAUUAAUUAGCGAAAAUGCAUUUCAUUUUAAUGGUCUCGUCUUCACAGCUUAUGCAUUUCGUCACGAAACUCACUAUACAUUGACAGAAGCCGAUGACGCACUAAUGAACCUGAAUUGUUGUGCUCUUGCAUCCAUUUUAGUUCGUGAGGAAUUAGAAAGCAGUCACCCGGUCAUUUUUACUUUUGCGAUUUUUACUGACAAAAUUGUCAUGCAUCAAGAAACUGAGCUCGCCACCAUAUCACCAGCAAACGUGGAUCAGAUAGAAAAUCAGACGGACGACACGCUGCCGAUCGAAAUGACAAAUGCGACCGGGACGUAUCUCCAGGAUUUGAAUGAGUAUUGUCUGAUAGACAUAUUUUCAAGCAGUUCGCUACGUCUAGUGGAUUUGUGCAAUCUGGCAGAGACCUGUAAAGAGUUCAAACGAAUAACACACCGUGUGUUCCCGCAGUCACUCAGCAUUAAAACCCCAACGCUUUUCAUCGACGGGCACGAAUCGGUACGGAAGAAUUUGUCUAAAUCGUAUACUGUGCAGGAAUACGACAGAAUUUUAAAGGUUUUCGGAUCGCGUCUUUCAAAACUUUCACUUAACGAUACGAAUCAAGCUGUUGUGGAUUCGGUAGCACGUUACUGCGGUGACGUCAAGUUGAAGCGACUCAAACUGGACGGCAUGAAAAGUAUUCAAAGUGUCUGUCGGAAACUGAAGUCAAACUUUCAACGGCUGCAGAUACUUUAUGUGAGGUUUUGUGACGUCACGGGCUGUACAACACUAGAUUUCAAUUGUGAUUCUCUGACUGAAUUGGACAUCUCUCAAUCGACUGGUUGCGCUCCGAUUCUCAUGGCAAAUUUCCCGAAUUUGAAACAAUUUCGAUUUAAUUACAAUCCGAAGUACUUUACAAAUGAGGACCUCACUAGCGCCGUAUCAGCGUUUAUCGGUCGCCAUAGACACCUAAGAACUCUCAUUUUGGAUGGAAUGUCGAUAUGUCGCAGCAGCGAGCUCGUAAAUGCAAUUGGCGACAGUUCGGAAUUGGAGGAAUUGUUUUUGGAAUGUAUUGAAGUACCCGAUAUUUCAUUCAUUGCUUCCAACCGGCUGUGUUUGUCAAAGGUUAGGAAAGUGCACAUUAACAUUCUGUUUGAAAACUACAAUCUGUCCGUUGCACUGUUGGAAGCAGUAACGUUAUUAAAAACGGUGAUAAUGCAUUUUCACGACGAACGUCUAGUUGAAGUAUUUGAUGUUCUAUCGCAACGGCAGCAUUUACGCGAAUUGUAUUUGUUUUGUUACUCCUUUGAUCGCCUCCCAUGGUCAAAGUUGACUCAAUUAAGGAAACUUCUCCUAUUCACACAAGAAUUUCGUGUUGCUGAUAUUCUCAACGUAAUUAAACAACUGACAAAUUUGGAGGAAUUAUAUAUUGCGCCAUGGAGUAAUGGAAAUCAUAUGACCGAAGAAGGUUUUACUAAAAUUGUUAAAGUCGUCGAAGGAAGGUCGAAUGUCCUGACACUGACUUGUAGAUUUAAUUUCCCUGUCACGAAACAUUGUAACAAAAACCGAUAUGUAAGAUUAAUAAACACGAUGUAGACGAAGAAGAAGAAGUCUCGCA